AUGGCAGCGACUAUGCAUGCUAAAAUCCACCGAAGUAAGCUGAAUAAGCUUAACAUUAUCAAAAUCUGCGAAGAAAUUUUGAAUCCUUCAGUUCCUAUGGCCCUCAGACUUUCUGGAAUUCUCAUGGUCACCCGUUUCUUUGCAAUCUCUCCUUUGUUGACUUUAGAUUUCGGUUUUGCAGAUGAUGUCACACGCCUGCUGGUGGAAAUAAACGAAGCUUGGAAAGUUAAAGCUGCUCCGUCCGAUCCAACUAGACUUCCCAAGGCCAAAUCUCAAGCCAAAUAUGAAGCUGUUACAUUGCCACCGAAUACUAGGGAUGACUUGGAGGAAAUUGAGCGUUCACUUCCGUAUUCUAAUGCAACAACCGUUGUGGAUUUUCAACAGACCUCCUAUAUUGCCAUGAGACUGGACAAUAUGGAUGAUCCUUAUUUAAACCAAAAUCCUCAGGCUGACCUGAACCAGGAACACCAUCAAGCUGAUGCUGCUAAUAUUACCUUACUCGAUAAAUAUGAUUCGUACCAGGCAGAUACCACUACAUUCAAUCGCUUUGAAAGGUUUGAUAUAGAAGGGAGCGAUGAGGCACAACCAACUUUCAUUCAGCCCGAGCACACCGAAAUACCUAGUGUCAUACCCUCACCACCUCGUGAAGAGAUGAUCCAUGAACGUGAGGUGAUACAGGAACAGCAUCCAGAGGAACGAGUCAUGCAGCAGUCUCAAGAAAGCAAGGAAACUAAACCGGAUAAGAUCAGGCAAAAGGUUGCUCGAAGGAGGGGCAAAAGACCAGCUACAGCUCAUGUAAUGGACUAUGACCAAACCAUCAUUCCUGGUCAGAUAUAUCAAACUUGGCUUCAGAAUUCUGCUGACAUCGUGACAAGAAGAGGACAGAAAAGGAAGGAACCAAUGGAUUCCUUGUCUAUGAUGAAGAUAUCCACUCUCAUGGACCUGCCUUCUAUUGUACUGGUCGAGAAAUUAGUUACGAACAGGAAUCGACAUAUUCAUUAUCCAAUACCACUAUUGGAAAUGUGGAUGAGAUGCACCCAACCACCACAUGACUCACCAUCUGGUCGAACCUCUCAUCCUCAGCCACCGGAACCAUCGUCGUCAUCUCCACCAGAGAGAAUGCACUUUAUGGAGAAAAUGGGAGAUCCCUUUGAAGAUUUUACCAGCAGAGUCGACUCCCUAUCGACUAGAAUUUCCAUCGAGAAGCAAAGAGCAACUGGAAAUAUUAAUGAGAUGAUCCCUCCAGAGGUUUUUAUCGAAGAACUCCGUAACAACCUUAAAGUUAACGGGUUUGAAGCAAACGAGGCCAAUGGGAUGAGUGGAUCCAAAGUCAAUUUGAUGGCCACCCCUGCAAAUUCUGGUGAUGAAAUAAGGUCAAUUCCCAGCUCGGGGUCUGGGCAUGGGUUCCUCCCGCACAAUUCAGAAGUCAAUUCUGGACGUUCUAGCAAGAAAAGACCAUUUUCUGCUUCCAAGAACAGUGGAAAUGGACUUGAACCGGUCGCAGAGGAUCUUCCAUGGCAGCAUUCAGAUCCAAAUUUUAAGUUAGCUAAACUAUCUGAAAAGGAAUUCACACAUAAUCACGAUCUACUGGUCGAAACUGGACCAACACAAACACAGAAGCCUCCAAUCACUAAUCAGCCACUUGACCAGAUAACCGAUUCCAUCAGAAUGCACUUGAAGACUCAUUUCGACACACCGGGAUCCGACAAAGUGGAGUCCUUAAACCAAUUAGCUUAUGGGAUGAACAAAAAGAAGGCAGCUUGUCUUUUCUACCAGACUUGCGUUCUUGCGACACGAGACUACAUACGAGUCGAACAGAAUGUGCCGUAUGGGAACAUACUCAUUUCCAGGGGUCCAAAAUUGUAG